AUGGGUUUUUGGGAACUUUUGGAAGUGGCGUCUGCCCCAGUCAUCCAAGUCUUACUUAUCAGUGCAUUAGGAGCUUUAAUGGCAACUGAUUAUUGUAAUAAUCUUCUUUCAGCAGACUUUCGAAAAUCCUUGAACAAGAUUGUCUUCAUUGCAUUCACUCCUUCACUUAUAUUUGCAAGUUUUGCCAAGACUGUUUCUCUUGAAGAUAUGAUAUCAUGGUGGUUUAUGCCCGUUAACAUUGGAUUUACCUUUUUAAUUGGGGGGAUUCUUGGAUGGAUAAUUGUAAAAGUACUGAAGCCAAACCCGAAAGUGGAAGGUCUUAUUAUUGCUUCAUGUUCAACAGGAAAUAUGGGUAACCUUCCUGUUGUGAUUAUCCCUGCUAUCUGUGAUGAGAAAGGAGGUCCAUUUGGUGCACCUGAUGAUUGUCGAAGCAGGGCCCUCUCUUAUUCUUUUUUCUCUUUGGCGCUUGGUGGUGUUUUCAUCUGGACCUAUACUUACCAACUAAUAAGAAACAGUUCCAUGAGAUAUAAGGCAUUUGAGGUUGCUGAGAACUUAAAGAUUCCCAACAAAGACCUUGGUACUACUGAAGAAGCUCGCCUUCUCAGGGAAAAUGAUAUCCAAAUUAAAUUAUAUCAAACAUAUCCACGACAAUUUGUUGCUUAUAAAAUGAAUCUGAAUCUGCAGCUUGUAGAUCAAAGUCAGUCCAUUGUAUCGAAGAAUGGGAAAGAAUCCUUUUGGCGUCGAACAAUGGAAACUAUGCGCCAAAUUCUGACAGAACUAAUGUCACCGCCAACAAUUGCUACAAUUUUAGGUUUCCUCUUUGGUGGCGUUAAAUGGCUAAGGAACUUGAUAAUAGGACACGAUGCUCCAUUGAAAGUGGUAGAAGACUCCAUUCAAUUGCUAGGGGAUGGGACAAUUCCUUGUAUCACCCUUUUGCUUGGUGGCAACCUUACACAAGGCAUGCAAUCAUCAAGUAUCCAACCAUUGACCCUCAUUUGCAUAAUCAUAGCUCGACUUUUCUUACUACCUGCAAUUGGAUUUUUUGUUGUUAAAGCGGCUGCAAAUUUUGGUUUCCUCCCAUUGGACCCUUUGUUUCAAUAUGUGCUAGUGAUGCAGUAUGCCUUACCGCCUGCAAUGAAUAUUAGUACCAUGGCUCAAUUAUUUGAUGUUGGCACUGAAGAGUUUUCAGUUAUUCUCUUGUGGACAUACGGCGCGGCAACUAUAGCUCUCACACUUUGGUCAACGUUCCUUAUAUGGAUAUUUUCAUAA